AUGCCUUCCUCCGACAGAGAACCCUCCCGCGACAGGGAGCUCGUCCGGCACUCACAUUCUUUCUCUUCGGACAGAAUGAUUCCCAUGUGGGACAGUGCUGACCCUGAACGGGCUCCUCCGCCAUUGCCAUUGAACCCAGGCUCACCAAAUCUCACUACCCGCCCUAACACAUCAGCAGCUAUCAUGCAAGCGGCUAAGGCGCUAGAAGAGAAGGCGCGAGAGAGCUUACCCGCAAGCUCAUACACUACUAAUCCUAUGCCACUCAAAUCGCUCUCUCCAGAGCGUGCUCUAAUCAAAGGUAAUCAGCACAAGCGUAUGCAAUCGCUCCAGCCAGGCAGUGUUCGUGACCUGCGCAGCUACUUAGACAACCGGUCGCCAGAGCGGUCCCCAGAGCGCGACCGGCCGUCAAGUAGAGGAGGCAGACCAAUCUCGCGCGACUGGGACAAGGACUACUUUGGUAAAGAUGCCGAUCCCAGUCCUACCAGACAUGUCACGCCUUCACCAGCGCCACGGUUCGAGAUCAAGGACACACCGGCUCUGCGGCCCACUCACCGGCCGUUCCUAGGCGAGAACACGCCUCCUUCUGCUACGAUGAUGGCCCUUCAGACAAUGUCUAUCCCCCAACAUAUGCUCGACCCGCCACCAUCGGCCAACUUUAACAGCUCGCCACGCUCUCCACGCUCUCCACCACCAGCGGCGGCAACUACCCCGAUAUCUACACCAGUGUCAGCGCCAGCGCCGGCGCCAGCGCCAGCGGCAGCACCCGUCCAGGGUUCAAUUGCACCUCACUCAUUCGACAACAUUGCCAGUCAGCUUGUCAGCAUCAACAACAUCGUUUCCAGUCUCCAGAAGGACAUGUCGCAAUUGAGUCGAAGGAGCAAGGACAACGCGACUGACCUCAUCAGCUUAAAGGAGGCCACAAACCUCCGUGAUGAGGAUAUUCGAAAGUCGCUCAAGGACCUUCUGGCAACCAUGUCGCAAAAGCAGCAAGAAGCUGCCACUGCCGCUAUGAAUGGAGAUACAUCUCGAUCUAGCAGCCUCAACCUUCAGGAUCCCCACAUGACGCCUACGAAGCAGUUCACCUUUCCAAGGAUGGCAUCAAGUAGCCCCUGGGCCGACGAGCGCAUCGGAAGCCCCAACCCAUACUCUGUUGAGGGUGCCGCUAGUGUCGCCAUGCUGGAAAAGAUCAUUCGGGAGAUGGUAACCAAAGAUGGUCAGGAACGGCUUGUAACAAAUCUUCAGAAGCUGGUUGACAAAGCUACUGGAGAGACUGCCCAGAAGGUUGCUGAGCUGGUGGAGUUCGUCAAGCAAGGCUCAAUAGGCGGCGCUGUCCAUGCUGCUCCUGGGUCUACAAGUUUCCAACCUUCGCCAGGAUCUGGUGCGCUCACUCGCACAAUCUCGGCUGAUAGCAAGGUCCACUCUAGCCCUAAGGCUGCUGACUUUGUAAGCGAGGAGAUGCUCAAGUUCCUGCGUAAGAUCAAGGACAGCGUCGCAGAGUCGGGCUGUGUCACCAUGGCGACCAAGUCAAUGAUUCAGGAUCUUCGCGGUGAAGUGCUGGGCAUGGGCCGCGAGCUUGCACGUAAGCUGGAAGAGGCGGAGCAGACUAGAGCUGUGGAAUCAGAUCCAGAGUCAAGUCAGGCGAAUGAGCAGAUCAACACCAUCGUCCAAGAAGGUCUCGCGAACCUCAAGGAGCACAUGGACAAGGUCAUGCGUGAGCGAAGGCGACAAUCCAUGUCAUCGGUGGUCACACGCAACACCGUCGACAACAACGAGGUGUACGAUGUCGUCAAGCAAGCACUCGCGGAGCGAGGCCUGGAUCAGCCAUCUGCCCAGUCAGCUGCCCUCGACAAGGAAGCUCUCAUCAGUGCCGUGCGAGAGGCCUUUGACGGCGUCGAGAUGAAUGCCAAUCGUGAGAUUCAACAAGUCGGCUUGGGCAGGGAUGAGGUACUGCAGUGUCUACGCGAAGGGCUGCAAGAUUUCAACGGCUCUGGCGCGGUUACCAAGGAGGACAUUGAGAACUUGCUGCACGACUCCCUCCAACAGAUUCAACUCCCACCGCCAAUCAAUGAAGUCCAUGAAAUCCGCGAGGAAGUUCUCAUGGCCGUGCGAGAAUCCUUGGAGGAGUUGAAGCCAGCUCUUACAGCCCAGCAGCCAACACCAGCCGAGAGUAUCUCUCGGGAGAUGCUUGAGGAGGUUAUCCGUCAGGCUCUUACCGACCACAACUCUGCCGGCCUAGAAAUCGAAAUCCCCCCGGAGAGUAUCACGGAUGCUGUCAAGGCAGCAACGGAAGCUCACAACGAGUCUGUCAUGCAGCGUCUACAGUCAAUGGUAGAAGAGAUGCACACUGAGUUCGAAGGGUACUCCUCUACCAGCGGCAAGGACACAGAGCAAGUUCUGACAGCGCUUCGGGAAGGGCUCGAUAGUCUUCGUACAGAAAUCCAGGGCUCAUCAAACCAGCCGAGAGAGAUCACUCAAGACGGUGAGAUGAUUGAUCAGUUCAAGGCGGAGCUCGAUAAACUGCGCGAGGAUGUCCAAGGCUACGUUGCAGAGGGCCCUCGUGGAGACCAAGCGUGGAGCCGCGGAGACAUGGUGGCGUAUCUCAAGUCUGAGUUCGAGGGCCUUCAGGAAAAAUUGAGCUCUCAACUUCUCCCUGCCUCCAAGACCAACGAGGAGAUCCUUGCUGCUCUCAAAGCAGGCUUUGAGGAGAUGAAAUCUCAAGUUGCUCUCAGGUCCAGUGACGAUGACGAUGUCGACUCGAAUGAGGAUAUCAGUGAAGCUAUCAAGCACGAGUUUGAUCAACUCAAGGAAGUCGUUCUCGGCGACUCUUCUAGCAACAAGAAUGACAUUCUCGAGAAGCUCCAAGCGGGCUUGGAUGGACUUAACACCCUCUUGAGCGAAAAACAGACUGCAUCCACAUCCAACGACGACAUGCUUGCUGCUCUCAAGACGGAGUUUGAAACCUUCCGGGAGACCUUGAGUGGCUCAGUCGUCAAGCAAGGCGAUUCAGCAAACAAGGACGAGAUUGUCAAUGCUGUUCGAGAGCUUCUUGAUGGAUUGCAUACCUCCCAGGAGACCACUUCAAAAGACAACUUGGCUCUUAUUCGUGGAGAACUAGAAACAUUGAAGGAGUCAUUCAGCAAUGCUCUUGUACCUAGUGGGGAUAACGAAAAAGCUGAGAUGAUGAUGACCGUAAAAGCUGGUCUCGAUGAGAUCAAGGCCAACCUCUCAGCUGCUAGUGUCAACGAAGAGCUCCUCGAAGCUAUCAGAGGAGAGCUUGAGCACGUGCACAAAUCUAAUAGUUUGAUCCAGCAACACUCACGCGCCGACACGGAAGAAGUAUUGGAGGCUGUCAAGCUAGGCCUUGAUGACCUUCAGUCCCACAUCGACAAGAAGUUCAACACUCCUCCUGAGCGCAACGGCCCUGCUACUGACGAGAUCAUCGAUGCUAUGAACGAAGGCAUUGAGAGCCUGCGAGCUGAUGUCUCCAAGAUUGCUGAGAAGCCCGUAGACAUGAGCGUAUCUCACGAGAUCUUGGACGUUCUCAAGGACGGCAUUGCGGCUUUGCGCGCUGACGUAGAGUCGUUGAAGGGGGCCCAGCCCAGCACUCAACCUGCAAGUGAGGACGCUCCCGCGCCCGCCGGUAACGAGGUUGCUCUUGUGGACAAGCCGGAUGGCGAAGAAACCACGUCACGCGAGAUAUCUCAAGAUGUAGUACAGGAGGAUGCUGCGCCGCAGCCCGUCGCCCAAUCGCUGGAUGUAGCCAAGAUGGAGCGCCUCCUUACCCAGAUUCAGGAUAAGGUGCAAGCUAUGGAUGCCAACGCCAAUGCCAACGCCAAGGAUGCCGCACCACCUUCAGAGCCAGCAGCUCCCACAGGAGCUGCCAUGAAGGAAGAUCUUGCUGCCAUUGAAGAACUCCUCAAAGACAUCCAAGCUGCUGUUGUGCUAAUGCAGGACCGCGAGACAUCACCGCCUGCACUCGAAGGUCUGGCCAAAAAAGAAGACACGGAUGCGAUCGAGACUCUGCUUGCAAACACCAAAGCCAAGAUCGAAGAGCUUGUUCUCCCAGACCCAGCUACCACUGUCACCAAAGAGAACCUGGAAGAUGUCGAGAUUGUAGUCAGGACCACCUCUGAGGCUUUGGAUGCUCUUGCAAAGAAGUUUGAAGAGGAAGGUGCUACUAAGGCAGAUGUUACAGUCGUUCAGGUGCUUGCGGACGAUAUCAAGGUUGUUCUAGACGAGAUGAAGGCAGCAAAGUCAGAGGAUGAAAGCAACCCUCAGGCCACGAAGGCUGAUAUCGACGCUGUGACCCUUCUCGUUGACGAUCUCAAAGUCAAACUGGAUGACAUGAAAAUCCCGGACCCAGAAGAGCUUGCAUCCAAAGCCGAACUGGAGCAGCUUACUGGACUCAUCCAUGACUUCCGCGACAGCCACGAAAAGAUGAAAGACACCUAUGAAGCGGAUAUCCAGAAGACAGCUACCAAUUUUGAUGAGCGUCGUGCAGAGGCCACUCAAAUUGUCGAGGACAUCAGUGGUGUCAAGGCUGCUUUGGACGAGAUGCGAGAGGAGAUCAAGACCAGCCUUAUCGAAGGCGGUCCUAUCGAAAACCUCCAAGCUUCAUUCAAGACAAUGGAAGAAACCAUUGGUGCCAACAACGUCACUGCUGAUGUGAAGGAACUUAUGGAAAUUCUCACUAGGGAAUUUGAGCGCGCCCAUGGCUCCAUUGAGGGGCUGCAGAACGACAGUGCCGAAAAGUCGGCCCUCCAUCUCGAAAAGCAUGACGAAACCAAAGAGGCUGUCGUUGCUGCCUUCACUGAGCGCCUGGAGGACAAGUUCAACACACUCAUGGCCAAGUACGACGAUGCUCAGCUCCUGGCCGACGAGCUUGCCAAGGUCAUGAAAGAGAAGUCUGAAGAGCAGGAGAAGAUGCUUGAAAGCACCAAGACCACAGCAGAUGAGCUCCGUCUUACUAUCGACACUCUUGGCGCUACCAUCGCCGGAAUGAAUGACCGAUUCGAAGGUGCUACUACGCAAUGGUCCACCGAUUCUACAACUGUUCUUGGGAAGGUUGACGAGACUCUCACCAAGUUCGAUGAACAGAAGCUCGCAACGAUGGAGAAACUUGAAGAGCAGAAGGCUGAGACUAUCGCGAAGCUGGAGGAGCACAUUGCCAAAUUCGAAGAACUCAAGCUCGAGGACAAGACAGAGCAUUCUCAUACGCGGGACGAGAUCAAGAAUGUCGAGUCAAUCUUCAAUAACAUUCAAGACAACAUGACCGAGUAUCAUCCCAAGUUCAUGGUCGCAUUGCACGAGAUCGAAGAAUUAGUCAAGGCCCAUUACGAGCACGCGCAAAAGUGCAAGGAAGAGGCAGACGAGCACGCCAGGGCUUGGGAUGAGCAGGCAAAGGCUCGAUCUGAGGAGUUGCAGGCCCAUUUCGAGAACCUACCCAAGCUUCUGCCAGCACCUGCUCCUGAGCCUCAGGAGAAGUAUGACGACGGUCCAGUGCAAGAGAAGCUUGACAAACUCCUCGCCAUUGAGCCAUCACCUAGUUACAACGAUGGCCCCGUGCAUGAGAAGCUUGAUAAGCUGCUCGCGAUCGAGCCACCGCCAAAUUACAACGACAGUCCUGUGCACGAGAAGCUCGACAAACUCCUUGGCCAUGCCGAUGAAGCUAGCAAAGCAGCCUCAAACGCCGAGAAACUGGAAGAGAUUCACAACCAAGUCAAGAUCACCGCUGCUGAGCUCAGUGAGUUUGUCGCCAAGCAGACUCAAUACAUUACCGACGGCAACGAUGCAAAGGAGCGCGAGGCUGAAGAGUUGGCUCUACUCAUCGAACGCAGGACGGUACAGAAAGAGCAACUCGAGAUCGACCUGGAGAGCCUCAGGGCUGAAAAGGCCACUCAGAAGGAGCAGCUUUUCGCAGACAUCCAGGAGAUGAAGGCCGAGAAAGAAAAGGUUGUCCACGAGCUCAAAGAAGAGAAGGAGCGCGUCAUGAUUGAGCUGCAAAACGAGAAGGAUCGCACUAUGGCGGAGUUGAAGGAAGAAAAGGAUUCUCUCUUGGCUGCUGUUGCCGCACUUCAAGCAGAACGUGAGAACCUGGCUAACCAAAAGGUGCGCCUCACUGGAGAGGUCUCUUCUCUCCACACUGCGCUUGAGAUCCGCCGCGAGGAACUGCACAUCAUGGAUACCAAGGCAGAUGCAUUGGAGCGCCGCAUCUUGAAUGGGAUUAUGGAUCACUCUCGUGCUUUAAUGAUGAACAAGAAUGGCUUGAAGAGCCCUUCGAAGCUAAAGAAGCGCGUGGGCACCGAUGUCGGCACGGAAGAGAGCAGGGGAAUGCCACCUCCCAGCACCGCAGCUAAUGGCAUCUCCCUUGCACUUAAGCCUCGCCCCGCCAUUCGACGUAACGGUCAGCCUGUCAACCCAAGCCAACGCCGAAUCUUGUCUCUCAGUCAGAUUAGCGGAAACACCCCAACAGGAGCGCAAGCCUAUCCAACCGCGACUACCUUGAAUGAUGCCAACGCUAACUUGAAGCGGAGCCACUCUGUCAAAACCAGCAACUACUCUCGCAAGGGAUCUUGGGGUGGACGACCUAGUGCCGUCGUUGCCAACAAGGAGAACACUGUCUUGCCUGAAGUUGAUGAGAACGAAGCCUUGGACCCCAUCUCGCAUGAUGUGAUUGAGGAAGAUGCGCAAAGCGAGACUGGUACUGAGCGUCGCUAUAAUGUUGACGACGACUACCCUGAGAGCUACGCCGAGGGUGAAACGCCUGGCUAUGAUGGACGUUCAAGCUUCGGCGGCACAGGCAGCGAGUACACCUAUGCUUCUGGAACUUCCUACAUGACGGGCAGUGAUAUUGACCAAGACCGUCGCACCUCUUAUGGCGCCCGUUCCACUCACUCUACCGCUCGUGGUCAAGAACCAAUCAACGAGGAUCCUGAAGGUUCCGAAGGCUCGCACUAUUCGGAUGAAGAGGACAAUGAACCGACCGCUACCCUUGAUCCAUCCGAAGUCAACUCCUCAGUGAUCACGACCGCCACUGCCGACAGCGAUGUCGACUUGCCAACACAGUCAGAUAUUGUUCGAGCCGUUGACGCCGUCAAGGCAGAGAUGAAGGAGAAUUACUCUCCUCCUAGCGACUCUGGCGUUGGCACUGAUUUGGCUACUGCUGCUCUUGAGAACGAACCCGAGCAUGACGCUGACUACUUCCGCCGUGCAGCCGAGGAGGAAGCAAGUGUCGUUGGCGAAAGUGUCGUCGGUGAAAGCGUUGUCGGCGAAACGAGUGUCGUUGCCUAA